UUCAGAUUGUGCAAUGUUUUUGUCAUCUUGAUAACUGCUUUGAGGCUGUCGGCUGGUGCUAGCUUGAAAGGAACAAUUGUCUUUAGUUUGUUCAGCCAUGGAAGAGAAACCCAACGUGGAACUUGUGAACGGAGAUGGUGCGAUAGAGGAGAAGGUGUGCGAGGUUAGAAGGAUGGAGGCUCAGGAAAUCAAACCGGCCGAGAUGAUCAAAAUGGAUUCGGGGCCUCCCUCUUGCAAUAACCCAGGCGGCGAGUGUUGUACUCGGAAGCUGAAGUUGAUGCAGAUAGCAGACAAGGGCAAUGAUAAGGUCAAAUCAGAGGAGGACGCCAAGAAUAAAAACUACGCUUUCUGGAGCACACAGCCUGUGCCACAGAUUGGUGCUAGUAUAGACCUGGCGGAUAUUGGGCCGAUUGAGGCGGACAAGACCCAAGAGGAGAUCAGAGCGGAGCCAUACUCGUUGCCCAAUGGAUUUUACUGGGACACUCUCGAUUUAGGAAACAGUGCAAUUCUGGAGGAGGUGUACAAACUGCUGACUGAGAACUACGUGGAGGAUGACGACAACAUGUUCAGAUUCAACUACUCCCCCCACUUCCUCCUCUGGGCUCUGCAGCCCCCCGAGUUUGUGCCAGACUGGCAUGUGGGAGUGCGGACAGCCAGCAACAACAAACUAGUCGGUUUCAUAUCUGGAGUGCCUGCCACAAUGCAAGUGCACUCUAAAGUACAGAAGAUGGCGGAAAUCAACUUCCUCUGUGUGCACAAGAAGCUCCGUGCGAAGAGAGUCACUCCAGUGCUGAUCCGUGAAGUGACGAGGAGAGUGAACAGGAAGGGUAUAUUCCAGGCAGUGUACACUGCCGGUGUGUUUCUACCCACUCCCUUCGCAACUGGAAGAUAUUAUCACAGAUCUCUCAACCCGAAGAAGCUAGUGGAAACGGGCUUCAGCGGCCUGAGGAAAAACCAGACGCUACAGCGCAUGCAGAAACUGUACAAAUUACCGUCUGAAGUGAAGACGAAACGCCUUCGCAAACUGGAGCAGAAAGACUUGAAAAGUGUGACUAGUUUGGUCAAUAAUUAUUUGGGUCAGUUUGCAGUGUCGCCUGUGUUUUCGGAAGAGGAGAUCAAACAUUGGUUUUCUCCGCGUGAAGAUGUGCUGUACUGUUACGUGGUAGAGGAUAGCAAAGGGAAUCUGACAGAUCUGAUCAGCUUCUACAAUCUGCCCUCCCAAGUCAUGAACAACCCAAAGUACAAGGAAAUCAAAGCUGCCUAUUCCUUUUACAACGUGCACACUGAAACGCCACUAACUCAAAUCAUGCAAGAUGCUCUCAUCCUAGCCAAGCAAGACUCCUUCGACGUGUUCAACUGUCUCAACAUCAUGACUAAUGCCUCAUUCGUGGAAGAGUUGAAGUUCGGAAUUGGAGAUGGAAAUCUGCAUUAUUACUUUUAUAACUUCAAGUGUCCUAAAGUUAAUCACGAACAAGUCGGUUUAGUGUUGCAAUAGAAAAAGGAAGAGAAUCGACUGCUCCAGAAGAAAAAUGUGAAAGAGAAUUUAAAACGAUAGUGUUGAGAAAAAUUACUAGUUUCUUCGAGAUUUCUUGGACACUCUUAAUACUAAAGGGGAAGUAAAUAUGAACUGCUGUUUUUGGGA